ACGUCAGGGUUUAAUUAGUGGAGAUCUAGCCUGCAGGUGCGGAUGGGACGUCUGAGUUGACCCGCCGUACCCCGCUGCGGGUCACUGAAGCGGAGAAGUGAGUGAAAAAGUUCUUCGUCAUUUCAGAGGAUUUUUCCAGUCUACGUUUAUGUAAAGUCGGACGGUUAAAAUCCUCAAAAUGACAGAAAAAACACAUUUGCUGCGUCACGGUCUGACCUCUGGAGCCGCUCCAGACCCGCUAACCGAGUCCGAACUGUCUGGACUCCAGAGGGGCCGGGAGGCCCCGAAACUCGGAGUCAUGUUUGGAGUGGUCAUCCCAACACUGCUGUCCAUGUUCAGCGUCGUCGUGUUUUUACGCGUGGGAUUUGUUGUGGGACAAGCUGGACUGUACCAUUCCAUCUCCAUGUUCAUGGUGGCUUACUUUAUAAUUACAAUGACUGUUCUGUCUGUUUGUGCCAUCUCUACUAAUGGAGCUUUACAUGCUGGAGGUGCUUAUUACAUGAUCAGUCGAGCUCUGGGUCCUGAGUUUGGUGGCAGCAUUGGAAUCAUGUUUUUCCUUGCCAGCGUGUGUGCAUGUGCGCUCUACAUUUUGGGUUUGGUUGAGGCCAUCAUGACUACUUUUGGAGUACCAGAGGAGAGUGCUGCAGUGGCUGCUGGUCAUCAGGUGCUGCCAUCGGGGUACUGGUGGUGCCUGCUGUACGGCACCGUCCUGCUCUUUCUGUGCUUCAUCGUCUGCUUGGUGGGAGCUCACAUCUACGCCAAAGCCACUUUCUUGAUUUUCAUCGUAGUCGUGACAGUCCUGGCCUCUGUCUUCAUUAGCUUCUUUGUUUUGGAACCCACUGUGGUGAUUCUACCAGAUACUUUUCAUGUUAACACCACCAGCCCAGCCACUGCUAAUUACACUGGCGUCUGGCUCCGCACUCUGGAGGGCAAUCUAUUCCCUCAUUACACCGUAGACUACACUACAGGUGACCUGAUGAGUUUCGCCACAGUGUUCGCCGUCAUGUUCAACGGCUGCACCGGGAUCAUGGCCGGAUCAAACAUGUCGGGUGAUCUGAAAAACCCCGGCUACUCUAUCCCAAGAGGAACGCUCGCCGCCGUCCUCGCUACUUUCAUUAUAUACAAUCUCAUUAGUCUGCUGUCGGCGCUGACCUGUGACCGUUACCUUCUCCAAAGAGACUACAGUUUUCUGGGAGACAUCAACGUAUGGCCUCCGAUGGUGACUGUUGGAAUCUACUCCUCUGCCAUGUCUGCCGCGAUGAGUAGCCUCAUAGGAGCUUCCAGGAUCCUGUACGCUCUAUCGAAAGACAACUUGUUUGGUGUUUUUUUGGUUGUGGCAAAGAAAACCUCUCGGAGUGGGAACCCCUGGGUCUCUGUGCUCAUCUCCUGGCUCUUUGUACAGGUGGUGCUAUUUGCUGGGAAAUUGAACACCAUUGCGGGCAUCGUCACCAUCUUUUUCUUGUUGGUUUAUGCUGCUGUGAAUCUGGCCUGUUUGGCCCUUGAAUGGGCUUCUGCACCAAACUUCAGGCCCUCGUUCCGCUUUUUUACGUGGCAUACCUGCACUCUGGGCAUCCUUGGCUGUCUGGUCAUGAUGUUCUUGAUCAGUCCCAUUUAUGCUUUUGCCAGCAUCGUCUUCAUGUUGCUCCUCUUGAUGCUUAUUCACUAUCUGGGGCCAAUCAGCAACUGGGGCUACAUAACCCAAGCUCUUAUUUUUCAUCAGGUGCGUAAGUAUCUGCUGAUGCUGGAUGCUCGGAAGGACCACGUGAAGUUCUGGAGGCUGCAGGUGUUGCUGAUGGUUGCAAAUCCUCGCAGCAGCACGCGCCUCAUGAGUUUUGUCAAUGACCUGAAAAAAAGCGGCCUCUAUGUGCUGGGACACGUAAAGCUGGGAUCCCUCGAUGGCUUGCCUUCCGAUCCGUUGCAGAGCUACUACGACUCCUGGCUCUCUUUAGUGGAUCAUCUGAAAAUUAAGGCAUUUGUAAACUUCACUCUGGCUGAUUCUGUCAGACAUGGAGUCCAGAAUUUGCUUUUCAUUUCUGGCUUUGGCGGAAUGAGGCCAAACACUCUUAUCUUGGGUUUCUAUGAUGACUGCAUUCCUCAAGAUAACCUGUGCAGUGACCUGCUGUUGUCUGACGAAGGCUUGGAUACGGUCUGUCCGAUCAUAAAUCCUGGACAGCAUCUUUCUCCGUUCUUCCCUGAUGUGCGAGGUGCUGAAGAACCCAAAGAACUGAGGGAAGAAGAAUACGUGUCUGUCAUCGCAGAUGCCGUCAAAAUGGGGAAAAAUGUGAUUCUGGCUCGUUAUUUCAACCAGUUUGAUCGUCAAGAAGUCUUAGGCCUAGGGAAAGGGAUUGGAGGUCAAAGUGGGAAAGGGACGUUUAUUGACGUCUGGCCUCUGGAUCUGCUUCAGCCCGGCAGCCUUGGAUACGUCAGCAUCUCCUCAUUAUUCCUGCUGCAGCUGGCCUCUGUGCUCCACGAGGUCCGCGCCUGGAACCAAGCCCGCCUCCGCCUGUUCCUGUGUGUGGAGGCCGGCGGCAGGCUGCAGGAAGAGGAAGAAGUGAGGCUCCGGAGAACGCUGACAGAGCUACGAAUAACCGCCCAAGUGCAGAAGGUAGCCUGGGAUAACGUGGUGAGGCUGCACUGGCAGAGGAGAGGAGGGGAGGAGAAUCUGGUGGAGUACCCACAGACUGACGAAGAGAGGCUGAGGCGGCGAAGUGAGAAGGACGACUGUGUGCAGAGCUGCCGCAGCGAUGCUUCACCCACGCCAGAUGAGUACACAAGCGCCGUGAACAGUCUGAUAUUCCGGCACAGCUCUCCUCAAACCGCUGUGCGUUUCCUGUAUUUGCCCCACCCCCCAUCGGAUGCACGCCGUUAUGGCGUUUACCUGCGUCAGCUGGACUUGUUGAGCCGGGACCUCGGCCCGACUUUGCUCGUCCAUGGAAUUACUCCUGUCGUCACCACGGAUUUGUAGCCGAUCACAAUCAAACUACCACUUUUAUGUGCAGUUUUCACCAGAUUUCAUCCCCCAUAUGACAUUUAUUCUUUUUUG